AUGCGCAUCACCGCUCUCAUCGCCGGAGGCUUCCUCCCCGCUGCUUUUGCCGUGCCCGCGGCCAACUACAAGCUGCACGACCAACGCAUUUCGCUUCAUGCACAAUACACAAAGGGCCAGGCCGCCACUGGCUCUGCUUUUGUGCCAGCCCGUAUUGCGCUCAAGCAGCAGAACAUAGAAAAGGCUGAAAAGCUCCUUCUAGAGAUCUCUGAGCCUGGAUCACCCAAAUACGGUCAGCAUCUGGCCGCUGGGGAUAUUGCGAACCUCUUCGCUCCCAGCGAGGAAUCCAUCAACAGUGUCAAGUCAUGGCUCACGGCCUCCGGUGUACCAGCUGGUUCCAUCAAGGUUUCCAACAGCAAGGGUUGGAUUCACUUCAACACCACCGCUAGCCAGCUGGGCUCGUUCCUCAAGACCGAGUAUCACCAUUACACUACCGCUGAUGGCUCGAGGACCUUCUUGGGUGCGGAAUCUUACAGCCUUCCUCAGGAUGUGUCCUCCCUUGUCGACUUCGUGCACCCAGCCACGGGUUUCUCCCAAAUGAGGAAGCGCACAAAGGCUCCUCUCGUCACAGGCCCCAAGGACACCAUUGAUCCCAACAGCCUGGACACCUGCGAUGUCAACAUGACGCCCAAGUGCAUCGCUGCCCAGUAUGGCAUCCCUGCUGCCACAUCGGGCAAAGAUGGAAACGAUCUCGCCAUGUAUGAGGAAGAGGGAGACGACUAUGCGCAGGAAGAUCUCGACCAGUUCUUUGCUGCCAUGACCCCCAGCAUCCCCAAAGGCACCGGUCCCAUCGUCCACAACUUGAACGGCGCAAAUGCACCCGCAAACCCCGGCGAAUCCGGUGGCGAGUCGACGCUCGACUUCGACAUGGCCAUUCCCAUCAUAUACCCGCAAAAGACUAGCCUGUAUCAGAUGGGCGACGUUGGCAAGGACAAUUUUGACACCUUUGUGGACGCCUUCGUCGGUCCCUACUGCAAGGACAACGGCGACGACGGCAACAGCCAGAUCGAGUGCAACGAUCUCAAGCAGCCCAACGCCGUGUCCAUCUCCUGGGGCGGCACGGAGGACCCCAACGACGUCGCGCACCUGAAGCGCCAAUGCACCGAGUGGAUGAAGUUCGGCCUGGCCGGCACCUCGGUCAUCAUCGCCAGCGGCGACAACGGGGUCGAGGACGGCGCGUGCCUCGGCCCGAACCACGACAUCUUCGUCCCGGACCAGGCCUGCUCCUGCCCCUGGGUCACCACCGUCGGCUCGACCUACCUGCCCAAGGGCGGCAAGGUCGGCGACGUCGAGGUCGCCACCGAGUCCUUCGCCUCCGGCGGCGGCUUCAGCAACAUCUUCCCCCGCCCGGACUACCAAAAUGACUUCGUGGCGACCUACCUGGCCAAGUACGUCCCCGACUACAAGUCGUACAACACCACCGACGGCAAGAUCCCGACCACGGCGGGCCAGGGCAUCUACAACCGCGGCGGCCGCGGGUACCCGGACGUCUCCGCGGUCGGCGACAACGGCGUGGUGGUCACGAACGGCAGGAUGUUCCUCAACGGCGGCACGUCCAUGUCCUGCCCGAUCUUCGCCUCCAUCAUCACCCGAAUCAACGAGGAGCGUCUCAACGCCGGCAAGAAGCCGCUGGGCUUCCUCAACCCGGCCCUCUACAAGGGCGUUGCCAGCGGUGUCUUUACCGACAUCGUCACGGGAGACCAGAACCACGUAGUUGACGCCUGCGGUACUCACAAGGGCUUCGUCGCCUCUCCCGGUUGGGAUCCCGUCACUGGUCUUGGUACGCCCAUAUAUGACAAGAUGUUGAAGUACUUUGGCCAGCUAUAA